CCCCCCGCGGUGGCCGCGAGGUUGGUUGCGCGGGCGCCGGAGAAGGAGACGCUGCCCUUCCGCAGCGAUGGGAUCCUGGCUCUGUGGAAGGACCCUCUGGUAUGUGUGUCCCUAUCUUUCCGAGGCGUGGAUGGUGCCUGGGACCCAGCCAGCAGCCAGUUGAAGACAUUUUCCUUGGAAACUCUUAGACCCGAGGGUGCUGGUCCUGCCAUGGCGUUCCGGAGGACCGAGGGCAUGUCCAUGAUCCAGGCGCUGGCCAUGACGGUGGCCGAGAUCCCUGUGUUCCUGUACACGACCUUUGGGCAGUCUGCCUUCUCCCAGCUGCGGUUGACACCAGGCCUGCGGAAGGUCCUUUUUGCCACAGCCCUGGGCACGGUGGCCCUGGCCCUGGCCGCCCAUCAGCUGAAGAGGCGACGGCGGAGGAAGAAGCAGGUCGGCCCUGAGAUGGGAGGUGCAUAUCUGGGCACGGUGCCCCUCCCCAUCCUCAUGGCCAGGAAGGUCCCAUCGGUGAAGAAAGGCUACUCCAGCCGGAGGAUGCAGAGCCCCAGUAGCAAGAGCAACGACACUCUGAGUGGCAUCUCCUCCAUCGAGCCCAGCAAGCACUCAGGCUCCUCCCACAGCUUGGCUUCGCUUGGUGCCCAGAUGGUAGCAGUGAACUCAUCCAGCCCCACGGCUGCGUGCUCAGGACCGUGGGACACCAGAGGGAUGGAAGAGUCUGUGACUACCGGUGAUAGCAACGCAGAGAGUCUCUACAUGCAAGGCAUGGAGCUGUUCGAGGAGGCUCUGCAGAAGUGGGAGCAGGCGCUGAGCGUGGGGCAGCGAGGGGACAGCAGUACCCCCACACCAGGGGACAGCCUGCGGAACCCCGAGACUGCUUCGGAGGUACUGUCUGAGCCAGAGUCACAGCGAAGGGAGUUUGCAGAGAAGCUGGAGUCCCUGCUGCACCGGGCUUACCACCUGCAGGAGGAGUUUGGGUCCACCUUCCCGGCCGACAGCAUGCUGCUGGACCUUGAGAGGACCCUCAUGUUGCCCCUGACUGAGGGCUCCCUGCGUCUACGGGCGGAUGAUGAGGACAGCCUGACCUCCGAGGAUUCCUUCUUCUCUGCUACCGAGCUCUUUGAGUCCCUGCAGGCAGGAGAUGACCUGAUCCCACUCUCCAGGCCGGCUGCUGCUUAUGAGGAGGCCCUACAGCUGGUGAAGGAGGGGAAAGUGCCCUGCCGGACCCUCAGGACUGAGCUGCUGGGCUGCUACAGUGACCAGGACUUUCUGGCCAAGCUGCAUUGUGUGCGGCAAGCCUUCGAGGGUCUUCUAGAAGACAAGAGCAACCAGCUUUUCUUCGGAGAGGUUGGCCGGCAGAUGGUGACGGGCCUCAUGACCAAAGCUGAGAAGGCCUGUUCCUGUGGAUCUCGUCCAAGUGAGUCUUGGAGCCUCUCUCAUGACCAGAACAGGCUGUGCUUCUCCCCACAGAGCCCCAAAGGCUUCCUGGAGAGUUAUGAGGAGAUGAUGGUCUAUGCCCUGCGGCCCGAGACCUGGGCCACCACGCGACUGGAGCUGGAGGGCCGUGGGGUGGUGUGCAUGAGCUUCUUCGAUAUUGUGCUGGACUUCAUACUCAUGGACGCCUUCGAGGACCUGGAGAAUCCUCCAUCCUCGGUGCUCGCCGUCCUGAGGAACCGCUGGCUGUCAGACAGCUUCAAGGAGACGGCUCUGGCCACUGCUUGCUGGUCAGUCUUGAAAGCCAAGAGGAGACUGCUGAUGGUGCCUGAUGGCUUCAUCUCCCAUUUCUACUCCGUAUCGGAGCACGUUAGCCCCGUCCUAGCCUUCGGCUUCCUCGGACCCAAGCCCCAGCUCUCGGAAGUCUGUGCUUUCUUCAAGCACCAGAUCGUGCAGUACCUGAGGGACAUGUUCGACCUGGACAACGUGCGCUACACCUCCGUGCCGGCCCUGGCAGACGACAUCCUGCAGCUGUCCCGGCGCCGCAGCGAAAUCCUGCUUGGCUACUUGGGGGCGCCAGUGGCCAGCAGCGUGGGCCUCAACGGGGCACUGCCCCGAGAGAACGGGCCCCUGGAGGAGACGCAGUAGCGGCGGGUACAGGCUUGGGGAAGGGGACUGCCUGGGCCUCGUCCGCGUGGCCGUGAGGCCGUCUCCUCCCCUCCUUUGGGUUGGCAUUGAAUGGCCUGGGGAUCCAUGGCCAUCAGCAGGGGCAGAAUCUGGGCCUGGGCGGCCAAGGGUGAUUGCCCCUGACCUUGUCCCUCCUCAUCAUUUGGGAAUCCCUGCCAACUGCCUUGGAGAGGGUUGGAGCCCAUGGGAGCCUGCCUGACUGCCCUCAGCUAUCCCUGGGGGAGGCGGCAGCUGGACCAGUGACCUGCGGGGCCCGAGGGAGAGGAAGGUGGUGGGAGAGAGGGGUAUUGUGAGGAGAGGUGGGACAGGCAGACCUGGGAUGCCCUUGGUUUGGGACCCCAAAACCUCCCCCCACCCCAGGGCUGCUGAUGAGGGGGGCUGGGAGGGUAGAGGUGGAAGAUGGGGGUGGCAGAGCUCUGGGGUGAAGGCCACGAUGUCCUGAGCUAGAAGGAACCUGGGCUAGAUGGUCUCUGGCUGCCCAGUCCCGCUGGCCCCCACCCCUGCCACCACCCUAGAGUUUGCAGCUCCAGAAAGGGAGGGUGGGGUCACAGAGUGCCUGGGGAACACUUUGGGAGGUGGCAGGCCUGGACCAUCCAAGGGUGGGACAGGCCGGGUCUGCUUCCCUUGUGCUCAAGUCUGGGCAGGGACUGGGCCCUUGGCAAACCCAAGCACGAAACCAGAAUGCUGUCUUCUGACGUGCCCUCAUCCUGCCAAAGACUGUCAUUUCUCUUCCCCUUUUGCCACCACCAAAGACGGAGGAGGUGGGGCUGGUCCUCCCGCCCACCCACCUGCCUCUGUGAGCCUGGACCCCCCUGGGUGGUGCUAGGGCUGAGCUGGAGGCUCUGACCAGGGCUCAUCUCAGGCCUGUCGCCUGUGCUGCCAUUGGUGGGGGCCCAGGGAUCACAUCAGGGAGGUCAGAGGACACACAGGGCUGGACCGAAUCCCCUGCCCUCAUUAGGACAGGAAACUUUGCCGGGCGCUUUGCCUUUGGCUCGACGCACAAAUGCUCUAGCUGUGCAGUGGCUGGUCCUACAGCUGUCCCCACAUUGUCCCCAUAUUGUCCCCGUGUCUGCGGGGUGCUGUCAGCCCUGCAGACUUACUUCUCUCACAGUGUUUUCACCGGAGGUUGGAUGUUUUAUUUAUUGCCUUAACACUUUAUUUUGAGGUUCUGCCCCUUUCAGGCCGAGAAGCCUCCCAGAGACACUGAGGCCUCUUUGGUCUCCGUACUCCGGAGGACUGGCUCCCCAGACCAGGGCCCCUCUCCCCUGAAAGGCAGAGGGGUCCCGGGAGGGAGUGAGAGGAGAAGCAGAGAGGGGUGGUGUGGGCCCGGCCCAUCAGCUCUGAGCUCACUCCCCCUACCUGCACGCUCCCUCCUGUUCCCCAGACUGGGGGACCCAGUGUUGAGCCAGGGCUCCGGCUGCAGCCCCCGCCCUCUGAGGUUGGUGUCCAGGAAGGAGCAGCCUCCUGGGUGGGAAGGCCUGGGGUGGCCCUCCUCCCCUCCAGCCCCACAUUCCAUUCAUUUGCACUUACCCUGCGCUAUGAAUGUCAUCUUGGGCCUGGGCCCCGGCCACUCUGAUUUGCUCGCAGAUCACUCAGAGUGGCCUUUUCAUCUUGUCUUUGUUUACACGUCCAUGCACUGCCUCGGGCACUUGAUUUGUUGCAGCUUCCAACUUUUGUAUGGUAGAGUGUGUGUGCAUCGACUUCCAAAUAAAUGAUUUAAACAAUGUC